AUGAGCCCAUCGCCCAAACCCGCGCCCGAGCAUACGCCGCCUGUGUCCAACCUCACGCAUCUGUACAAGCACUCGCGCAACCCGACGGUGGACUCCCGCGGCCGCAACCCCGCCCGAAAUGAGCUGGGAAGAGGAGAUAGACAUGGCGAGAGGGUCACCCGCAUAUACCCGCGCCAAAUAGCAAACUCGCCGCCUGCCGCGAAGCGCUUUUCUUCCGCGUCGCCAACCGGUCCUUCGUACAAUGCAACCACCUCUCCGCUGCUGUCGGCCCUGGGUGCGACCACCAAGUCUGCGGCUCAAUACACGAACGAGUGGACCAAGUCCCUACCCUUCUUCGCGAACCAAGCCUCCCCAAGCCACGGCGGUAUCCCCAUAAACGGCUCGCCGCCCCAGUUCCACAACUCACCCAACGCCCGCGCGGGCGUCUAUGGGCAAAUUGCCGUUUCUGCUUCGCCUCCUGUCGUGGGUAUGAAUCCUCGCAGCACCCCGGACCACUAUACUAGCUUCGGCGGCCGCCUGCGCGGUUCCCCUCACGAGUCUCCCGCAAGGGACCCAAGAGACCGCAGGGCGUCCAUGUUCUCCCAUACUGGAGGCCGACCAGCCUCUCAGCAAUUCGCCGCAAACCCUCCACUACCACACCAGCCUCAGACUCACUUUUACAAUCUGCCCGACUUCAAUCUUGGACUCAACAAUGCCGCCCCCGACGGUCUUGCUGCAGGUGAAGAGGGAUACUACUGUGGUUUCGAUACGCUGGGUAUGGCGGCAGAUGACGCAGCUCGAAACGCCGAGAAUGUUCUCUUGGUAGGAUAUCAGGGCGGUCUUGACAUUUUCAGAGUGGAAAAGGGUAAGAUGGAUGUGUUGGGUCGCUUGGAAGGAUUAAGAGGCGGCGUGAUAGGGGCCAAAGUCCUACCAUGGACCUCUCGAAGAGAUCCGCUGUCUGCCGUACGACCUCUGGUAGUUCUCACCAUCCAUGGGCCUGUCUUAGGUGACAACAGAAGUAGCAGUGGAAGCGAUGUACCUUCCGUUGAUGACGACGGUUCUUCUGAUUCUCCUAGUCGCCCUGGUUCUCCUCACGGUAACGAUGCAGCCGCCCGGAUCACCAGUUACCAAACAACGGUAGAGGUAUUUUCUCUCAAGGAGAAGUGCAAGAUUGCCGUGCUCUACCAGAGUCCGUUCAUAGCGGUCACAUCGCCCGUCGACAGUCCGCUGUUCCAACCACCGCCCCCAAUCGGCGACCUUUCAGUCGAUGCCAAAGGCAAAUUCGUGACCAUAGCCUCUGGAGCCAGCGGUGAAGUCUUCAUUUUUGCCCCUUAUUCGACGCCACGUGAAGACGUCCAAGAGUCCUUCCGGUGCAUAGGAAAAGUCUGGACCACUGUACAACCGCGAGAACGUCUAAAUCUUUCCAGUGCAUCCAGCGCCGCCGAUGGUAGCCAUGAGGACAUCGCCCCGGAGAUCUAUGGCGUACCUGUCGUUUCCCUAUCGGAGCGAUGGUUGGUCUUUUCUCCUCCCGCAUCAACUGCACACUUCCCCGUCAACGGCAUUCCUUCGGUAUCAGCCCAAUACGAACGUCCUCCGGGGCUGUCACACCAUACUGUUCCAUCGCAACCCUCCGUGAAUUGCGCCGUGGACGCACCCGAAGCCCCCAGCCUCAUUAACCGCCUGACAAAGGAAGGUACACAGGUUGCGAUUAAAAGUGCAAGAUGGGCUUUUGAAAAGGGCACACAAGCGUACAAGAACUACAUGAACAAGGGGAUCCAACCGAACGGAGCCAAUGCACAUGGACCCGAUCCUUCGCAGCAGUACUUCCCUCCAACUCACGGCCACAACCAAGCUCCAAGACAGGAGGCUACCGUCAUUUCGAUCCUCGAUCUCCAAAGGCUUCACGAUGCUGAAGAGACCAAGAGCAAGACGGCAUUGAACCCCAUCGCUACUUUCCCCGCGACGCUGGGCUGCAGCCUCCUCUCCUUCUCGCCGGGAGGCUUGAUGCUGAUGACAGUUAACAAGAAAGGGGACGUUUACGAGGUCUGGGACCUGAAGCGCUUGAACUUUCGGCGGGCACGCAAGACCACCAGGGAGCAAGCCACAGGUCAGCAUGUACGCCAGGUUGCGCGUUUCAGUCGCAUGACUGUUUCCAAUGUGGUUGACGUGGUCUGGUCUGCGCCGAGAAUCGAUAAAGUCGCAGUCAUCACUGACAAGGGAACUGUGCACAUGUUCCUCAUGCCUGCAUCGGCGUUCCAAUGGCCACCUUCAAGGCGCAUUCGCAAACCGACCGACAUUGCCAUGCCGAAAGCUGAACCCACUGAAGCUGGCCGCGGCAGUACCGUCAAUUCAGCCAUGCAAGCCUUGAAUGGCACAGCCAAACCCUGGCUCGAUGCAAUCAGACCUGGCAGCAAUAGCAAUGGUUCCCGCUUCACUUUCAAGGGCUUCGGCAUGACACCAGCUGCUGGAGCCAAGUCUGGGAAAGCCGUGGCUGUGGGAGUGGGCAAGCAGAUAAACACUAUCCGUCAUGCCGGCGACAACAAGCUGGCAUUGCCAACUUCCCCUAGCGGCGUAAAGACUCACUCUGUGAGAUGGCUUACUGGGAAAGGGCGGGGGCACAUCGCGCUGGUAUCCGGCGGAGUGUUGCAGAUCCAUCGAGUACAGAUGCGGCCUGCAACAGGGAAAGGCAAGUCUGCAAACGAGAAUUCGAUAACGAAGAAGAAGAUAUCUGAGUUUGGCCUUCUCCCCAUCCGCGAUUCAAUACUCGCGCCUUCGAUCGCUGCUCAGCUGUCUGUCCAGCCAGACGAACCAGAACAGCUUCAUGAAGUCCACGGAGAAUGGAUUCCUCGAGCGCUGCCUGCUCGUAAUGGCAGAACUGCAACUAAGCAGACAGGAAUAACACCCGCACCUCUCAGCUUCUCGGAAAUCGAAACGAACCCGCCCUAUCAGCCAUUUUAUACCGAUCGUCGGGUCACGCGCUUCGUUUUUGCCCAGCUACCUACUGAGGCCCAAGUGAGCAGUAGCGAGUACCAGACCCCAGAGCUUGUGUCCGAACUACAUAACGAGAACGACGAAGCGCCAUGGCUCUUCGGUGAUGACGUGGAAGCGGUCCGCAUCUCCUCUCCUAUCACUCAGCAUUUUGACUCAGGUGAUGAAGACGCGAUUGCAGGCGUCGCAGCGCGGAUCGAGAACAAGCUCAUUCGACGUGAUGGAGAGGAUGAGAUCGAGCAAAUCAUCGUGACGACUAGGCGUAGGCGCACGAGGCGCGACGGCGCUGAAGACGAGGAGGAAGGUUUCUUUGAAGACGAUUGCGAAGUACUUGAUUUCGCCGAGGACAGGGUUUGAGCGACGUUACUUGCGCUCGCUUCAUGUUUUGUUUCGCAUCAGAUGUUGAACCCAGGUUUCAUCUCGACUUAUUACUGGCUUCAGAUUGAAGCAAUUUAUAGAUGUGGCGUUGGUGUGUAGCCAUGGAACGGUGCAUGGGGGUGCUUUGGUUCUCGUUUUGCAUGUUAGGGAUACCUCAUGGACGCUUGUUUAGUGUAUAUAGCAGUAGCGUAGGAUCGAUAACACAAUGUACAUGUUGCAUACCCGUC